UUCUUAUUCCCUGGCACACCGUCAGUGUGAGAGAGUGAGUGUGUGUGUGGGAGUGCAGUGUUUCAAAUUUAAAUGACAACGCGCUUAACGGUAUCGCAAGGCCUACUUUCGUUGUUUUGAUCUGGCGUUGGCAGUUUUUUUUUUUUUCUUGUUUCAAAAACUCGAGGAUGACCAAGCUGAUAACAAUUGGUGUUGUCAUACUGUCACUCACUUCGUGGCCGCUGCUGUUUGCACUCAGCCAGUUGAGUUGUAUGAAGAAUGAACGCAAUGUUUUUAUCGCCGCUACAAGCUGCAUCUUGGCAGCAUUUGUGGGAACAUUUUUGUUGUUUAGACGAUACUACAGAAACAUUGACCCAGUUAUGUACGUUUUCAGCAUCUUCUGUUUUGAUGCUGUGAGCGGACUUGGCAAUAUCCUUGAAGUAGAUGGUUAUUUUCAAUUACAGUCCACCAAUUGGACACAGAUUGAUCCUUAUCUGAAGACAGCUCAUGGCACUGUUUCUUUGUAUUGGAAUGGCAUUGUUCACUUCCUGCUUUGUCUUCUGGCCAUAUACCUAUACACUCAAAGGUAUAGUCAUCGUGAGGUCAGUUUGUAUUGGGCUGGCUCUUUACUAAACAACAUGAUUGUUCUUCUACCUGUUUAUCUGAUUGGUUCCAAUGCUAUUAGGACAUCCACCUUUGGCAACAUUAUACAUUUAUUGUUAGCCAUUGGAGUUCUUUUCUACUAUUUUCACAACAGUCCAUCACAAGCUAGAACAUUUUUGAAGUUUUCUCCUAUUUGGAAACGUCCAGUUGAUUUUUUUUUCAUCAUAUUCUUCUUACUGGCUACUAUAGUGGCUGUAUUCCGUGGAUUGGCUAUUCUUGGUGCAAGUCCAAAAUUUAUGACAGAUUAUUUGAAACUGUAUGAACCCUACCUCACAGAUCCAUCCAAUUUUCCUAAAUUUCAGGCAUUAACAUACCAGUAUAUCUAUGUGAUCUACUAUUUAUUUGCUAUUUAUGGUUUGUUGCAUCCUGGUCAACAUUGGAUGGCUGACUGGUCAUUGAUACAUGCAGGAGCUGCCGCUCAGGCUCAAUUCAGCUACAUUGCUGGUUCUCUACACCAUCGAACAGCUGCUAAUCUACACCCGCCUCUAAGUGGAACCAUUGCUCCCUAUUUUUGGGGUAUCAACAUUGCUUUCCUUGUUAUCCCACAGCUUUUUGCAUUGUGGUGCAGACUAGAUGAUGAACAUUUUGGACGAUCUUACACUGUGGAGCUGUCAACACCUAUCACUAGUAGGCCCUUGAGACCAGAAAAAAAAUCACAAUAAAUUUAAAAAAAAAAAAAGAAAUGUAUCUCUGUUUUCUCUUUUAUAGUGUGCUUUAUAUUUAUUUUAUUUUUUUAUGUAGGCCUAAUAUUGUACAGCCUCAUAUGUGUGUCAUGUAUUUUGUACACUUUUCUUUUUUUUUUUAAAGAAGAUAUUUACUUCAUAGACAGAAAGCCUGUUUUUUUUUACAAAUAGGCAUUUUGUGUUAUGGUUACAUUUAUCAUUAUACAUGUCUUAGUUUUAAACUCAUAUUUAAAAUGUUUUUAUAGUGAUUUAUACCUUGCAUAUGUCAUUGACUUGUCAUAUAUUUGAGUGGCAGCAUUUUCUUGUGAUGUAUAUUCGUAACACUUUCCUGUUUUGCCUUGUAACACUUAAUAUCUUGCCAUAUUUUCUGUAUGAAACUUGAACAGCUCUCAUAAAUUUUAAAGACAUUUAAGCAAAAAAAAACAACACAUACUUCUAACCAAUCA